CUGCCCCCGCCUGGCGCGGCGGGGCGUUGAGGCGGAGGAGGGGGCCGCCGCGCCACGGGCAUACCGCUGCCCGCUGCCCCCCAACUCGAACCAACUCAGUGCGCUGCAGCUUCCACCGGGGAUGGUCGAGGCCCUGCACGGACCGCGGCCCCCGUGGCCGAGCGAGGGCGCCCCCGCGCGCUCGCCCUCGCGCUCGCGAUCUCGUUGGUGCUGCUGGGGAUGGGGGCGCUGCCUCGGGUUCACGCUGGCCGCGGCCACGCUCGGCGGUGCGCUGCCCUCCUCGGCGGGCCCGGGCCCCUACCCUUACCCGGGGGUGUCGGGGGUGGGGCCGGAUGUGUUGGCGGGCGGGCGGACUUGCGAGCCGAUCCGCGUCGAGCUGUGUCGGUCCGCGGUCCGCGGCUACAACAUGACCACCAUGCCCAACCUAGUGGGCCACGAGUACCAGAAGGAGGCGGAGGGCCACCUCAGCACGUUCGCACCGCUCGUGCAGUACGGCUGCUCCAAACAGCUGCUCAUCUUCCUGUGCGCCGUGCUCGUGCCCAUGUGCACGGACCAGGUCGACGCCACAGCACACGGCGAGGCGCACGUCGUGGCCAUCGGGCCGUGCCGCGGCCUGUGCGAGGCCGUGCGCGCGCGCUGCCUCCCCGUGCUGCAGAACUUCAGCUACCCCUGGCCGCCGCAGCUGGAGUGCUCCAAGUUCCCGCCGCACAACAGCCCGGCCCACAUGUGCAUGGAGGGUCCCGGCGAGGACGACGGCGAGGGGGUCAGCCGCUUCAUCGUGCCGCUGCCGGGGCACACCGCCGGGCACACGCCGGCACGCGGGACCGGCUGCGCGCGCCCGCCGCACGACGUCUCGAGAGGCGACAAGCAGAUGGCCGAGGUGUGGAUGUCCAUCUGGUCCGGGCUGUGCUUCGUGUCGUCCGUGCUCGCCCUGCUCACCCUCAGGCUGGGGCCGGGGCCGGGGCCCGUGCCGACCGACGCGGGGGCCAGCCGCACGAUGCGGUCCUCGGCGGGGCCCUCGCCGCUGGCCAGCCUCGCGCUCAGCUACGGCCUGCUCUCCGUCGGCUGGGGCACGAGGGUCUUGGCGGGCGCGGCGGCGGCGCUCGGACCUCCUGACUGCGAUGCCCCGGAUCUGAGGAAUCCCAACUGCGCCGCCGUCUUCCUGCUCACCUACUACUUCGGAACUGCAUCCAUCAUAUGGUGGGUGGUGCUGACCGCCCUCUGGUUCCUCUUGGCCGGGCUGCGGGUGUCGCCGAGCGCGCUGCAGCGACGCUCGUACCUCUUCCACCUGGCCGGCUGGGGCGUGCCCGCCGCCCUCACCCUCGCCGUCCUCGUGCUGAGAGACGUCGCUGCGGACCCCCUCACAGGUCAGUAUCGCGCACCUCUCUGGAGUCCGCCCGAACCCUCAAUCUUGCCGUUCCGAUUAGGUUCGAAUGAGUAGGAAUGAAGAAAAGACGUAUUCGGAACGGGAAGAUUGAGAAUUCGGACGGACCCUUGCUCCACUGCCACCGCACCGCGGGCAAGUCGGGAUA